AUGUCACUUCUAAAAUUAGAGGUGAUCAAAGCUGGCUCUCUGGGACAUGGCACUGCAGUUCCAGGAAAGUUUGACUUGGACUUAGUCAUCUACUCUUCAGAUGUAGAUGCAAGAGAAAUAAAAAACACCAGGGCAAAAAGACAGUGCACAACUUUUGGAGAUAUAGACACGGGCUAUGGGAAGUAUUUAGACAAACUGAGGAUCUUCUUACGCAGUGUGCCGGGAGUGACGCUCAGCAAAACCAAACCACAUGCAGUGAAUUUCUACUACUAUGGAAUUGAAGUGGAUCUGCUGGUUAGCCCAAACUGGCCAAAUCUAGAUGCACUCUGGACGUUUCUCCAAGAUGUUGACCGAGAACACCUUUUCGAUUUCUCAGUGAAUGCCUCAAAGUGGCAGGUGCAAUUUUUCAGUGAGGUUCCAAGUCAGGCUAAAGAGUUUGUCAAGCGUGCUAAGGCUUGGAGGAACAAAACAUGGUCACACAGUAAUGUGGGAAAACCAACAUCUUAUCUCAUCUCUCUUCUUGUAUUGAAGGCAUACGAAAAUGCACGAGGGCGUGGUGUCAGCACAUCAAGCACCUCAUUAAUUGCUAGAGAGACAAAAGUUGAGCUAAAGAAGAUUGUUAGGGAUCACACAACUGUUAAUAUGCACUGGAAGAGGUACUACACUUAUAGUGUAUCUACUCUCUAUCCACGACUAUAUAUACCAAGUGAAAGAGAACCAAGAAUUCUCGAUCCGGCAAACCCUACAAACAACGUGUAUAUAAAACUGGGAGAACUUUUCAUGGGAAUCAUCUCAGUACAAAAGUUGCUAAGCAUGAAGGUGCGUGCUAAAAUACAGUUACGGAGAAACUCAAUUAUUACAACUAUAAAAGAGCUAGGACCUCCAAUGUGUAUACGUACCUAUAUACUUUGGAUUUCUAACUUCAUUUUAGCUGAAAGCUAUAUACAUACCAACAUGGCAGCCUCUCGUGCCCCAAAUCAUACUGAAGCUGAGAAAGCAAUUGGAGAACUAGUCCUAAGAUUACAGACAAACCUUUCAAAGUACACACAAAGCCCCAGUAUUAGAGUGAAUGAGAUUGUUAAGGCUGGCUCUAUGGGACAUGGGACGGCUGUGCCUGAACACUUCGACAUUGACCUGGUACUCUACUCUAGCGAUGUGAACAGAGAUACAGUGAACAGAAACGGAUACGAAAGCUACUUAGAGAAAAUAAGGGCUUUCAUAACAGAUGGCAGAGUCUUCAGGGCAGGAAUCGUCACUAACAUCAAUCUGACUAGAUACGCUGUUCAGUUUCAAUAUGAGGGCUACAUCGAUGUGGACCUCCUAGUCAGCCCUGUCUGGUGGGGGGGACAACCCAAACAUCCACGAGAGCUCUUUGAAUUCCUACGAGAUAGGGUGCCUAACGAUGCUGAAGCCAGGCAUAAGUUCAGUGUGAAUGCAUCCAAGUGGCAAGUUGCUUUCAUGAAGGAGCAAGAUUCAUCUGUGAAGCAGCUAAUCAUACGAGCUAAAGCAUGGAGGAACCAGCUAUGGCAAAAGAGCAAGGGAGGCCGAGGUCGACCAAGUUCCUACUUGCUCACUCUGCUGGUACUUCACGCAUACAAGACUUCCUCUGGUACUGCCAAAAGCACAACACAAAAACUGAAGGAAAUUGUCCGCAACCACAGGACAAUGAACAUUUACUGGGAGAACUACUACAACGCUAGAGACUACCCCACCCUCUUUCCUUCGUCCACUCCACGCCUGGUCGACCCGGCCAAUCCAGCUAACAAUGUCUACCAGUCUGGCAUUGGGCCGUACCCACCCAAGAAAAGGCCAUGUGACUACGAGCGUGGGGAUGGGGACUGGAGCCAGUUUGUGGACAAAGUGAAAUACUUUGACCUUGAGAAGAGUGUGGAGGAGAUCACACGUUAAGACCGUUCAAGAGAGCUGACUAACUUUAGUACUUACAUACACAGGACUAUAGUAGCACAUUGUUAACUUAUAGAGUUUCCAUGCAUGCAUGUGUGACCAAAAAUAACAAAAAGUAUUUUGCAACAAAUUAAGGGACUCUCCUCUCCGUAGCCAGACAUACAAUAUUUAGAAUAACAUGGCAAGACACAAAAGAAGACCAAUAGGACAAGCUACAUGUAUAUAGGGAGAUA